AUAUAUAUAUAUAUAUACCAAAAAACAUGAUUGUUAAAAAGAAGCGUAAUUUAAGUGGCUUUGAUCAUGCACUAAACAGGCUACACACAGAUCUGGUUGAUCCCAACCAAAUGGAUUUGCAUUGCUCUGACGCUGAAUGUUAGUGAGGAAGAUGGAAGAGCUACAAACAAUUGCUAAUAGGCCAAACCAGAGGCCAGUGGGUGCGAGUGUUUUCAGACCUUUUAAAGACGUGAUUCGAAGAAAAACGAUGUUUUGAAGUAUUUUGCUUCUUCUGAAGCAGAUCAUCAAGCAAAGGAGCCCUGCUUUUCCCCAAAGGCGCUCCGAUGGUACGGGGGCCAACCGUACAGGUGUUUAUUAUGAUGAAUGUUUUGUUUAUUUCCAGUACACUUUGCGGGGUUUAAAGUACAUCUUGAAAGAUUAAAAGACUGGCCCGGCACGGGCAUAAAAAGGAAACCGCCCAGCCUGUUUUUUUCCCAACUCCAACGGUGUGUAUGGCUUUGGCCGUUUGCUAAUGAGUUGCCGUUGUAAAUGCCGGUGUUUUCCCGGCUCUUUUUUUGUUGUUGCUGUUGUCGGAAGAGGUGCUAAAGAAUGUGGAACUUCGACUUCGACUGGCCGGAUGUUAACGGCUGAUCGAUUGACUUCAAAGGCUUCGGUCGGGAUUGGCCGAUUGUUGGUGGCGUUGAUGGCCAUGGUGCGCUCGUGGAGGAGUUGAUGAGUAAACAGUGGUACGGUGGCAUUACGCGUGAAUGCCAAAGACGGCAGAGGCCUGUGACUUGUGGGCGGAUGUUUUUGCAGGGUGAAAAUUUGCAACUGGUAGCAACAUCAAAGUGAAACGCGGGAAAGUGAAUAUUGUGAAGAUUUGAUUCAAGGCAAGAACGGUGAAGUGGUUUUGGAAGUGUAAUCAUGGGGAGAAAGAUAAGAUCUUCAUAUUAGAUUUCGUUAUGGGGUUUUAGUAAUAUUAACCUUUAGUAACAUUAUUAUAAACCUGCAAAGCACGAAACUGGGAACUUUCAAUAUAUUGGAAAUGGAAAAAUUGAACAAAAAUGCAUCCAAUUGCUAGGACUGGUCGUUAACAUGACUCGCGAGCUCUACAAUCAACUCUGCACCAAAACGCUUUAUUGUGCCCUUAUUUGGACAGUGCUGGAGUAUGCCAGCAUUGUGUGGUGGUCCACCUCUGUUCGGGGGGAUUAGCGCGAUUGGAGUCCAUUGGAACGCAGGGACUCCACCCGUUUCGCGGUCCGUUCGUGGGAGAGCAACCACGACUACGCGAAAAGGUGUUUAUUGCUCGGCCUGCCGCAACUCGACGACCGAAUACAACAGGCUAGCUGUCAUCGUUGGGUUUCUCAAUGAUAGCAUUGACUGCCUGGUAUUGCUCUCGUCGGUUUAUCUGUACGUACCUGCUAGAAACCUUCGUCCUGGAGUACUGCUGGUCAUCCCAGAGAUAAGGACCUUAUAUGAAUCUUAACGCGGCUUAUGAUGCGUACGAGCCUUGCUUGACGGUUGCCGAUGUGUUGUCCCUUAUUAAUUUUCUUCGUCUGAAUAGUUAGCGUCUUUGUAAUUGUUGUGCGUAAGUGUGAGACUAAAUCAAACAUCAAAUCUAAUCUAAUCUAAUGGGCUUAUGAAGUCCUUCGAUUUAACAAUUAAUAUACAAAUAUACAAUGAUUUUAGGUAAUAAUUGGGAUGAAGGCCCUUGGAUUGAUCUACUGAUCUUAUAUAAAUGAACUACUAGAGUAUUGAUUUAAGUAUGCAAUAGGUUGCGCCCAAAAGGGAAGGCGAACGACAUGAAAUUGCAUUCCCUUAGGUAUAUUUAAAUGAUUCAACAAAACAAUGCGAUAAGAUUUCCCAAGCCAAUCUGUUUGUAGAUGGAGAUCUUCAAAAAAGGCUACCUUUCUUUUCGUAAGCUACCUUUUUUUAUAGAAGAUCGCUGAAAUCUGGAAUACAUCGAACAAUAAUUCGACACAGACGUUCCCCCGAAAAAAAUGCUAGAAAGAACCAAGAAAAGGCAAUAAAUUAUCUUUUAAAUUCUUACAAAAACAGAUCGAAGUAGAACUUUGUUUCCGUCAAUGUGGCACCAUUUUUAAUCCCCACUCAUCAUCGACCACAAAUCAUAGAUCGGCUUAUGGCAAUACCUCUCCCCCAUACCCUACCUUUCCACACUGGCAAAAGCAAAACAAUCCAUUUGCCACGGUAGAAAGAAUCCACCGGUACCCAUUGGAAAUGGGAAUUUUCUGUGGUCGUGGAAAAUCUAAAUAAAUAGAUGGGCGGAGCCAAAUGGCAGUGAUCCGCGAUCGACACGGCGGCACGGAUCGCGUCGGUAAACGGGAAAGGAAGUCAUAAACCGCGGGUCGCGUCCGCCUUCGUAAUAAACACGUAUGCGCAGUGUGUUCGUGCGCAGGCGCCCGUUCCGUUUGCGCAAAAGACACAUCAGAUCGGGUGACUUCCGAAGAAAAGGGGCCAGAAAAAAUAGAGAAAGAGAGAGAGAGAGAGGGAGAUAGAGCGUACUGCAAGUGAAAAUUCUGUAGUGGAAAUCUUCCACGCGGGAAGAGGAAAAGUCAAAGCGCAAUACAACGGUACAAUUCUCAUCCUUCGCGCAUCGCUGCACGCUGCAUUGCACGUUUACGACGCUGGAUGUAGUGUAAAGCAUAAAUAAUGCGGCGAUGGGAUGAGUUACCGUUUUUUUAUGGGAACGAUCGGUCGGUGGGUCGGAUGGUUGUGCGCGCUGGUGCUCUUCGCUUCGGAGGUGUAGAUCCUUUUCCCCGAUCGCGCUAAGCGGGUUUGUCGAAGGUGCCGUGUGUUUAUGAAAGAUGAAAGUAGUUGUUUCUGUUUUGCAUAAAAUAAAUAGAUGCUGUAUGUGUGUGUGUUUGCGGGUUAAGGCGCGUCCCGAGUGGAGGUGUGGGAUGGAAGAGAUGGUUUUGCGUGCGGUCGAUGGCGUUGUUUUGGAUCUUCAUCAUCGUCGUCAGCAGCGGCCCUAAGGGGGCGUAAGCCACUGUUAACGAUGCGCGAACUGGCGCGCAAUGGCGUUAGGAGGGUUGGCUCGUUGUGUGGUUUACGGAGAGGCAGGAUUUUAGUCGCUUGCUUCAUCUCGUGUGAGACGCAUUGCGCCGUGUUCUUGUUGAGUGAACAUUUGUGAGCAAAGGUCAACCUCUCGAGUAACAUCUCAAUUGCGUGAGGCCGAACUGUUCUUAGACGCGUGGAUUUAUUCAUUAAGUGUUGUCAAUUAGAUUGUGUAAAGUGUACAGUGUUCAGGAAAUUCUGCAAUAUUUUUUAGUGAUUGCAAAUACUCGACUGUUUGUAAAUUACCAACGAGAAAAUCUUUGUUGUCGAAACCGAAAAACGUCCCCGAAAUCCGUCGGAAUGCUACCGUACAGCUCUUAUGCGGCAGCAAUACAGCAGAUCCAAAGCCUCAACCACGAUCUGGCACUGUUCAGCAGUCAGCACGCAGGUGGACGCUACCUGCCCCAUCCGGAGCACAGUGCGGCCACGCUGGGCCAAUCGUACUUUGGGCUGAACAAUUGGUCACUGCCGUUCUCGUUCCUGAAGUCGGUCCAUCGGCCGGAAAAGCCACCCUUCUCCUACAUUGCCCUGAUAGCGAUGGCGAUCAGUAGUGCACCGAACCAGCGGCUAACACUAAGCGGAAUCUAUAAGUACAUUAUGGAUAACUUUCCGUACUAUCGCGAAAAUCGCCAGGGCUGGCAGAACUCCAUCCGGCACAAUCUCUCGCUGAACGACUGUUUCAUUAAGGUACCGCGGGAAAAAGCGUCCGGAACCGGCGGCAAGGGCCAAUCGUCCGACGGGGACGGCGGUGAGGGUGGUGGAGGAAAUGCAGGAGCAGGCGGCAAAGGUAGCUACUGGAUGCUGGACCCGUCGGCAAACGAUAUGUUUGAGCAGGGCAAUUACCGGCGCCGUCGUACCCGCCGACAGCGCAACGCAAAAUUGAUCCUGAACGGCCACUUUCAGGGUUCACCGUUUGGGCUGGCCUUUCCACCGACCGGAGACUUUAUGAGCCCGUCAACGGUAACGCACCUGCCACCACAGCCCCACGGUCGACGAAACGAGGGCACCGAUCUUCAUCAUCUGAUAGUGCGAAAUGAUUUGAUACAGCAGCGGCAGCAGCAGUCUCCGGAGCUGGCCGAUCCGGCCCUGCUUUUGCUUGGUUCCGGCUGCUACCAUCACCCUCACGGUGGCUAUGUCCACGGGGCAUCCUCAUCAGCAGCGCUGCUGGCCGAUGGGCUGGUAGCAGGUGAUUCGCCGACGUCUUCCCGUGACACAACUUCAUUAGCCGAUACGAGCGGAGCCCGGGAUGGAGUGGGCCACCAGCGUGGAAGAUGGUCACCUUCUUCAGGAUGCCACCACAUCAAGCACCGGAGCGACGAGGAUACGGUUCCCUCCAUCGACGGUGUAGAUGAAGUAGAGUUCUUGGUACACUCCCCGAGUGGCACACAUUCCGAGGGCGAGUACGAAAAUGAACUUAACGCACUAAAUCCGGCCGGCGAGCGACAUCCGAGGAUGGAAUUAAGCGCACGUGCGAGGAAAAGUGAUAAUUGCUUGAACCAACAGUUCCCUUCGACGGUGCGCUUCACGGCCCACACGCUGGACGCUUUGCUGCUGGGCGAGCUGAGUGGAUUGCGUGUUAGAGGCUGCGAGCUAACGUCACCUUUCUCGUGCACCACCAGUCCCGAUCGGCAAAGUUCUCACUCGGGCGAACGGCCGUUCCGAACGGUCAGUCCGGAUCAAACGGGAUUUGCUACUGCCCCGGCCGGUGAUGGUUUGUGCACACCUGAAAGCGCAUCGAAACCGACACUUCCGACAUCGGUAGCAGCAGCAGCAGCAGCAGCAUCCGUCAGAGCGUCCGGAUCGUCCAGCUCGCCGGUAACAGCGUACUGCUGCCCCAGUGUAAACAGUGUCCGACUCUCGCCCGGCCGGCGUGUAAGUCCGAAUGCUGGCUCACCGGUUACAGUGACCGUACCGGUUCGCACGAAAGUUGGUGGCUUAAAGUCGAGCAAUUUCACCAUCGAAAGUAUUAUGCGACGGGACUAGGGAGCGUGAUAGCAUGGUCGCCAUUUACAUCUCUCACCCAUCACGAUUGGAGCGGGGGAGGAGCAGAUGUGUGGACAGUGUGUUGACAGUAGCUUAAGUCGACAAACUAACUAGUCAGUGGAGUGGUUUCGUAAAUAAAAUUCGUUCAACGUUGCCGUUUGGCAACGACCGAAACUGACCAUUAGGGGAAGCAAGCAGACGGAGAGAGCGAAUGGCAGAGGGAAAGUUGGUGUUGGUGUAAGGUGAUGAAUAGACGAUUAAAAAAGAUGACAUCCCAGCAGGCGCUUGGUGACUCUGGGAAGCUUGGUGAGUGUGUGGGCACUCCUACCGGUUGCAUCCAGGUUUGUUGACUCUUUUAGUGGUGCUUUGAAAUUUGGCAGAAAAUUGAAGAGUACAUUACUUCUCGGACACGAUUUACUGGGCGUUCAUCGUUCUAUUUUUUGAGUGCUGCUAACAGAGAAUAACUCUAAGCUUUUGCCGGUACAGGUAGUACCGGAGAUACUGUAUGCCUUAGUGAAUUCCAAACACUUACGAUUUUGUAUGCGUUUGAAGCUAAAAUGCAGGUUGUUUGUUAAACAAAUAAGUUUUCCAAAUAAAAUUGCUAAUUUUAAAUGUUUGCAAAUGA